AGCAGCUCACGUUGACUCAGCUAGUAGGUUCUCUUGUUUUCCUCUCCCAGCUGAACAUUUCAGUAGUUUUCAGUAAAAAUGUCUUCCGUUCAGCGUCUGAGGGAGUUUAUCAGAGAGCGACUAACUGCUGCUGCUGAAGAAAUCUUCACAGAGGUUGAAAAAACCAUCGUCCGCUACGAGGAAGACAUCAGACUGAUUGAAACCUGCUGGAAACCCGGAAUAACGUCCCAACCAUUCGACCUUCAAAAGCCUCACGUCUCUCAUGAAGAGGAAGCUUCUACCGUCCAACAGCUUUGUAACCAGGACAGGAGGUCCAGUCAGGACCAGGAGGAAGCAGAACCUCAGUGGACUAAAGAGGAGCAGAUGGAACCAGGAACUCCAUGGAUUAAAGAGGAAGAGGAGGAUCAACCAGCAGAUCAACCAGUGGGUGAAGAAAAUGAGGCAGUAGAUUCUCUGGUGGUUAAAUUUGAGCAGUUUGUACCAGAACAUUUCCCAAAGGAGCUCAGCUGCAGGCAGGAGGCAGUGAUGCUUUACCAGAAGCAAUCUGAUGUUCUGAAGGAGACCUCUACACCACAGACGGAUGAUUCGAGUGAAAGACAAACAAGAAUGGAGCAGCUUUCCUUUCAUAGCUCUGCUGUAGUUGAAAACGCACAUCAGACAGGAAGCAGCUCUGCUGUAUCAGAGGGUCAGUCUCAGACCGGCCCAGAGAGAAACUCUUUACAAUGUGAUGUUUGUGGGAGAUCCUAUAAGAAUAUUUACAGCAUGAAACAGCAUUACAGAAUCCACACUGGAGACAGACCUUUCUUAUGUACAACAUGUGGGAAAAGUUUCUGCAGACGUUAUCACUUAAAUAUUCACCAGAGAACCCACACAGGCGAGAGGCCUUUUUCUUGUCAGAUAUGCCAGAAGCGUUUCUCUCAACUUAGUCAUUUAAAUGAUCAUAAGAAGGUUCAUACAGGGGAGAAGCCGUUCUCCUGUCAGAUAUGCGGAAAAAGUUAUACUAGACGUUUUCAACUUAAGCUACACCAGGAAAACCACACAGUUGAGCGGGAAGCCUUUCUUUUAAAUCUGUAAUUUAACUUUUCACAGGAAUGUUCAUCUAGAACCCUCCAGGAAACCAAGAGCAUAGACCUAAUCUGUUUUCAGUCUUUGGAAAACUUGUAAUGUACAUUUGCAGUAACUAAUAAAGUUGUUUAUUUAUCA